ACCGUUAGAAGCACGUGUUUCUUGGUUCUGUUGAGUUUUUAUUCGAUAUUUUUGUAUAAUUUUGAUCAAAAAUGUAUACAAGUGACAGAAAAUCACGCAAAGGAACGAAAAGUAGCCAAGCAACAGUGAGAAGAAAAGGUAUGAGAGGCGGCACCCCGAAAAAUCGAUAUCUGCUAGAGCAGUCGGCUGAGAGCGUUGGCAUGUCCUCUAAAAAGUUGAAGUUAUCGAAAAAUGAGUAUGAUAUUGAUUACGAUAGCACUUUUGGCUAUCGUUUACUAUGUUUCGCAUCAGUUUUCUCUGCUCUAUCGGAAGUGUUGGUGUGCCAUACGUGCCACAAGCCAGUGAAAUUCACUGAAGCAAACAAACAAGGCUUGGGCUUCAAAAUCGUUAUAAGCUGUGAGGCGUGUGAACCAGUACACAUAAAUAGUUGCCCAAAAAUUAAUAAUAAAGCGUAUGAAGUAAAUAGACGAAUGGUUUUGGCAAUGCGUUUGUUGGGAAUCGGUUUAAAUGGAAUAAAAAAGUUCUGUGCGUUUAUGGAUUUGCCUCAACCAAUAUUUCAAAAAAGCUACGAUGAAAUCAUCAAAACUUUCCGCGAGGUAUCCGAGUCUGUUUGUUCUUUUUCCAUGAAAAAUGCUGCGCAACAAGAGAAAAUAAAAUCUGUAGAAAAAGGCGAAAACAACGGUAUUACAGUCUCAGGUGAUGGCUCGUGGCGUCGUCGAGGUUUUUCGUCACUAUUCGGAGUCGUUUCGCUUAUUGGAUGGUUCAGUGGGAAAGUUGUUGACGUUUUGGUAAAAAGUAAGUUUUGUAAAACAUGUUUGCACUGGAAAUCAAAAGAAAACACAGCUGAGUACAAAGAGUGGAAGAAAAAUCAUGAGUCGACGUGCGAGGCGAAUCACGAGGGAUCAGCAGGAAAAAUGGAAGUAGACGCCGCGACUGAGAUGUUUGCUCGCGCGGAUGAAAAGAAUGGUGUUUCUUAUAUUAAUUACAUAGGUGAUGGUGAUUGUAAGACUUUCAAGGCUAUUAUUGAGCAGAAUCCAAAUAUCAAAAAAAAAGAAUGUAUUGAUCAUGUUCAGAAAAGAAUGGGCACCAGGCUUCGAAAAUUGGUGAGUAAUACAAAAGGAUUGAGCGGUAGAGGUAAAUUAACGGGCAAAUUAAUAGACGAAUUAAGUAUUUACUACGGAUUGGCUAUCCGUAGACACUGUAACUCAAUCGAGGACAUGAAGAAAGCCAUUUGGGCAACACUCUAUCACAAAAUUUCUACCGAUGAGAAGCCACAACAUCAUUUUUGCCCGGAAGGCCCGAAGUCGUGGUGUGCUUGGCAGCUACAGAAAGCAAUCAUGGGAAACACCAACGAGUUCAAGCAUAAUCCAGCAAUGAGCAAUGAAGUUUUUAAAGCUAUAAAGCCUGUGUAUGAAGAAUUGAGUAGGGAUGAUUUGCUAUCGCGUUGCUUGGGCGGGUUCACACAGAACUCAAACGAAAGUUUAAACUCGCUCGUGUGGUCGAUGGCUCCCAAAUCAAGUUCCAGCGACAAAUCUGUACUCGAUAUUGCUGUGAAUCUCGCAGUUUUAUAUUUCAACGAUGGAUUUUUCGGAAUUAUGCAAGUUAUGAAGCAAAUGGGCAUUUCAAUCGGACUGAGUUGCUACAAUUUCUGCUCGAAAGCCGCGCGCAUCGCGCAAUCUGAGCGUUCCCUGUCCGUAGAGGCGAGAGAAGCUCGCUCAACAUCAUUAUCGUCAAGGAAGGAUGAGGAGCACAAAAAUCUUAAUUUAGAAGGACAAUUGUAUGGUCCAGGCAUCGCCGAUUAGUGAUGCACAAUUGCGACCUGUAGGUUUACGGCCAGGGAGGUCAUAAAAAAAAGAUGUUUCAUUCCGAUAGAUGUGCUGCCAUUUUGUUUUUAAAUGACUUAAAAAAAAUUUUUUUAUAUACUAUAAGAGAUGUAUAAUGAUGUCUAAAAAACUGAAUUUCAAUCAAUUGUUUUGCCUUUCCACAAUAAAUUCUAGAAAAUGAACCUUGA